CUCCCUGCCAGCCUCCUCCCCGCCCUUCCCCGCGCCCCACGCCGCUGCUGGAGCCGCGCGUCACUCGGGCUCCAGCCCCGCCGCAGACAUGGCGACGCUGGCCGCCGUGCAGCCGCUCACGCUGGACAGAGAUGUUGCAAGAGCAAUUGAGUUACUGGAGAAACUGCAAGAAUCUGGAGAGGUACCGGUGCACAAGCUACAGUCCCUAAAGAAGGUGCUGCAGAGUGAGUUUUGUACAGCUAUCAGAGAGGUGUAUCAAUACAUGCAUGAAACCAUAACUGUUAAUGGCUGCCCCGAGUUCCGAGCCAGGGCCACUGCAAAGGCAACAGUUGCUGCUUUUGCUGCUAGUGAAGGCCAUUCACACCCGCGAGUGGUGGAGCUGCCAAAGACUGAUGAAGGCCUGGGCUUUAAUGUGAUGGGAGGAAAGGAACAAAAUUCACCUAUUUAUAUUUCUCGCAUCAUUCCUGGAGGAGUGGCAGAAAGGCAUGGAGGGCUCAAACGAGGGGACCAGCUGCUUUCAGUUAAUGGAGUGAGUGUGGAAGGGGAGCACCACGAGAAGGCAGUGGAGCUGCUGAAGGCGGCUAAGGACAGCGUCAAGCUGGUGGUGCGUUACACUCCCAAGGUGCUGGAGGAGAUGGAGGCUCGUUUCGAAAAACUGAGAACAGCACGGCGCCGGCAACAGCAGCAAUUGCUCAUUCAGCAGCAGCAACAGCAGCAAACUACACAGCAAAAUCACAUGUCGUAGGUUAUUCUCAAGAAAAAAAAAGCCUCGAUCAAGAAUGCAGUAAUCAAGCAACCAGAGCUGUACUUCAGUAUUCCAGCAAAAGGGAACAACUACAGGAACACAAAACAGAAUUCAUCUGGAGAAUGUACAGUUCAAGAAUAGUGUAGUUAAGACAGCCAUACAGAGGGUACUUUCAUUAUAAGGCUUUUCAGAACAUGGCAGUCACAGGUACAUACUACUUCUGUGACUCUAUGCCUAAUGAGAACGGCAUGGUAAGUAAACACUAUGAGACAGAGAAGUCCAGGGCUUCCAAAUAAUUUUGUUUGUUCUAAUCUUGCACUCCUUACUCCUACAAAUUGGCCAGUUGGCUUUCUCUAGUCAGUGAAAGUUUUGGUUUAAGGAGAUCAAGAUUGGCUGCUCUGGGGGACAAAAUCUUUCUCUACAGUUAUCUCCAGAAAUAAACUACAUCAUUUCAGAAUUUUGCCACAGACAUCAAACUCACACGUUGCGCUUCAUAGCCACUUUGUAAUUUAUAUUGUAGAGCUGUUUUAACCUAACUUCCUGUUUAUAAUUUUCAAUUUUCCCUCUGAAAAUAGCAAUUUACUAUAUUUAUAAAGUAUUCCAUUUGUAGAAGCAAUUAGCUUUUUACUCUUGGUGUUUCCAUAUAUUUUAUUAUGCAUCAACAGAGUGAGAAAGUUUUAGGUCAAUUUUAAUUUUAUUAGUAGUAAAGUUAGGGAAUCCUAGAACUGUAUUUUUAAAUGUAGGCAUUGCUUGUAUCUAUUAUAGCUACUAUUCAGAAAUCUAUAACUGGAUAUAUUAUAUAUUUAUUCCAUAAAAUAUAUAUUGUCUGAAUGUACCUGUUAGAGAAGUAGGGUCUUUGCUUAGCAUGUAUUGCAAAUGUAGUAAGCUAAUGUUAGCAAAAGACCAAGCUUUGUUUGGCAGAUAUUCUUGUGAUAGCAUAAUCUAAGCUUUUUUUUUGUAUUAUUUAAUUUAUUUUCCAGUCUAAUGUUAAUAUAUUUUAGAGAGGAGGAAGUGUAACUUGUUUCUUUUAAAACCCUCACGUUACUGUUUAAAUCAAUUUGAAGUUAAUAGUUCUGACUUUUUUUUUUAAACAAACCAAAUUGGAAUGCACAAACAAAACACAUAAUUAAGUUCUUAAGUUUACAUGUCUGCUUUUCCAAAGAAAAUAGUCAAAGCUGGAAGGCUUUAAAUGUCAUCUGCUUUCAAGAAAUUAAGAAAGUGGAAUCCCCAUAUUCUAAUAAAUGAUCAUUUAAAGCAUGCCUUCUGUGCUACAUUAGGAAACACUUGGGGGAGAAAAGAGCUUAGGGCAGAGCCCUACAGCCCUUGCAUAUUGAAAACUCUAGCUGAUGUUAGUGAACGUUUAGCAAUGCAAGGAAAGUAGAAAUAGUCUGAACCAGUGUUCUGGUUCUGAACUUGGAAAAAAGUCAGCAACAGAUAUUAUUUUGAAAGAUCUACUCUCAGAGGGAGGCAAAGCAAAGCAGGGGUAAUGGGCAGUAUCAUAUGUAUGUUAAAAAACAGAUGGAGGCUGGCCACCGGUCUUGACAGUGUUUUAUUAGUAUAAGUAGCAAUUGAAAAGAAAUUACUGUAUUUUUAAAGCCAGACAUCAUGAAUACAUGCAGAAAAAGCUCAUUUUAUACAGAAAAGUAAUUCUAUCCAGUGGCUGUUGGUGACAAUAUCAAUUAAGACAGUGGAGCUUGAGCACUACCAGAAUUAUAUUGUAUUGUGCUCUGCCCAGUGUCUUUUUAUACUUAAUAAAAUUGUAUGUACCUAUUUUAAAGCUGUUUUCUCAAACAGACACUGCUGUUAAUAUUGACAGUAUAUAACUUGUUAUUAUGACUACAUAAAACUGUUCUGUAUCUCAUCAGUAUGAUUUGAGUUACACUGAUAUUUGUACAUUUUCAGAGACCAAAUAUUAUUCAGAUUUAGUCAGCCCACUGUACUGCAUUUUUCCAGACUGCCUCUCCACCUCCUCCCCUCCUCUUCCUCAAAAAAUUUAGGUUUGAUGGAGUGGAAUGUGCUGAUUAAUAAAUUUCAAUAAUAGAAUGUCA